AAAUGAAAAUUUCGAUAACAAUAGCGGUGAGGCAGGCGGCAAUCGAAAUCAUUCGCGCCUUUCUGGAAUUUGCAUUUUGUACAGUCAAAACAGGGAUUCGCGUAAACUGCGCAGGAAUAUAAACAAACAAAAGUUAGCAGAAUAUAAAACAUUACCAGUUCUCUACCAAUGGACACUUGUGAGGUGGAGGGAGAGGCGGAGACGCUCGUGAGGCGCUUCUCCGCUAGCUGCGAGCAAUUGGAGCUGGAACCGAGAAUUCAGCAGAGCGCUCUGUCCACCUACUAUCGCUUGGAUGCCGACGGCGGGCUGUCCACUAGCGAGGGAGAUGCCCAGGAGUGGCUAUGUUGCUCUGUCUACAGCGAAUUGCAGCGGUUGAAGAUGCGUGACAUUAGGGAAGAGUCUACCAGCGAAGCGAACGAUUCGGUGGCUAAGAACAGCUGCUGGAACAUGUCACUAACUCGUCUGCUGCGCAGCUUUAAGGUGAACGUGUCCCAGUUUCUACGCCGCAUGGAGCACUGGAAUUGGCUGACCGAGAACGAGAACACUUUCCAGCUGGAGAUAGAAGAACUGCGUCGCCGACUGGGUAUCACUAUGACCCUGCUGCGGCACUAUAAACACAUCUUCCGGAGCCUGUUCGUUCAGCCCGGCAAGGAUGCGGACCCGGAUGACCUCAAUCACUACCAAGCGCUGUAUGAGUUCGGUUGGCUGCUCUUCCUGGUCAUUCGAAACGAGUUACCAGGUUUUGCGACUACAAACCUGAUCAACGGCUGCCAAGUGCUCGUUUGCACGAUGGAUCUUCUCUUCGUGAACGCCUUAGAGGUAGCCCAAUCCGUAGUUAUCCGCCGGGAAUUUUCUGGUGUGCCCAAGAAAUGGGACUCCAAAGACUUCAACCCUACCUUGCUGAACAAAUAUAGCGCGUUAGAAGCGAUGGGAGAACUGAUUCCCGAGCUACCAGUGAAGGGCGUGGUGCAAAUGAAGAACGCCUUUUUCCACAAGGCCUUAAUGCUGCUCUAUAUGGACCACAGUCUAGUUGGAGACGACACCCACAUGCGGAAGAUCGUUAAGGAGGGAAUGCUUGAUAUAAAUCUGGCCAACUUAAAUCGCAAAUACACCAAUCACGUAGCCGACAUUAGUGAGAUGGACGAGCGGGUGCUGCUCAGCGUCCAGAGGGCGACCAAAGAAGACUCUCAAAGAAGUCCACCGCCCUUCCAAACAAGCUCCUCACAUUCGCAUAAGAAACUGUUCUCCCAGGAUCUACCAGAUACUCUUCCACCUAGCAUUAUAAAAGCUAUCCAAAAGGAAGAAGACGGAGAUAAAAUUAUGAAAUAUGUAUAUCGAACUCUGCAAGAAAUGAAUCUGACCUUUACCAUUGCCGCGAAAGAUUUUUUGGAUGCUGAGGUGUCGGGAAAACGAUUCCGCCAGGUCAGAGGCCUUUACUACAAAUUUCUGCAGAAGAUUUUGGUCCCGGAGCUGGCUCAAAAACCACAGCUUAAGAUUGGGCAGUUAAUAAAUCAGCGCACGCUUACAGUGGCACUGUUAGCAUGCUGUCUGGAACUGGCUCUUCACGUCUACGACAAACUAGUGGAAGGAUUAAGGUUUCCCUUUGUCCUGCACUGCUUCUCCCUGGACGCCUACGACUUUCAAAAGAUUCUGGAGUUGGUGGUACGCUACGAUCAUGGUUUUCUGGGCAGGGAGCUGAUCAAGCACCUGGAUAUAGUGCAGGAAACAUGCCUGGACUCCUUAAUUUUCCGCAAGAGUUCACAGCUGUGGUGGGACCUAAAGCAAAGACUUCCUCGCUACAAGGAAGUCGAUGCAGAAACUGAAGGUAAAGAGAACUUUUCAACGGGGUCAGGCAUCUGCCUGCGAAAGUUCUACGGACUGGCCAACCGGCGACUGCUGCUUCUGUGUAAAAGUCUUUGCCUUGUGGACUCCUUUCCGCACAUCUGGCACUUGGCCGAGCACUCCUUCACAUUGGAGGGUGGCCGUCUGCUUCGUAAUCGUCAUCUGGACCAACUGCUGCUGUGCGCCAUAUAUCUUCAUGUUCGGCUCGAGAAGCUUCACCUCACUUUCAGCAUAAUUAUUCAGCAUUAUCGGCGACAGCCGCACGCACAGAGAAGAGUUUACCGAGAGGUCAGCCUGGGCAAUGGCCAGACCGCUGAUAUUAUCAGUUUCUACAACAGUGUGUAUGUCCAGAGCAUGGGAAACUAUGGUCGCCAACUGGACUGUGCACGAUCGCGCAAGUCACUGCAAGAAGCACAGAGUAACGUUGGUAUCCUGAAGGAGAGAACUCAUAACGAAUUGAGCCUGAGAGCCAACAUUAGCAUAUCUUCACCGCCCCCACCCAGGGUAUGCCAAAAUGCGUCCUGCUCCAGUCUGCCACCUCCAUCUCCCGCCGCAUCCCCACUGUCCUCACAGAGCUCGCUUAACAUAAAGCGCGCUGCUUCGAGUAGCGAAUUGAGAGAGGUCAAGCGACCCAACAUCCUGCGGAGUCGCCAGCUUUCAGUGAUCUGAAAACCAAUCAAAAAAGCUUAAAUAGUUGGUUCCAUUUUACGCAGCCAUCUUAAUAUAUUUCUUUCUUAUUUAUCCGUUUAAAAUGCGGUACAAGAAAGUUAAAAGCUGCUGCUUUCGUGAGAUUGCUAAGACUUCAAUUGUAAUAAAAGAAUAACUUCCACCUGUAGUUUAAAUAAAUGUUUAUUGAAUGCC